AUGAUAGAAUUUGUUACUUUCCAUUUGGUGCUUGUGAAUCUGAGAAGCCAGCAACAAUUUCAAGUACAUCAUUGAUGUCUAGUGACAAGUCAUUGAGGCAAUCAGCAACUGAAAUGUGGUGUCUUGGGCGCUAUUUUCCCUUGUUGAUUGGUGAUUUAGUGUCAGAAGAUGAUGAGCACUGGUCUAACAUGCUUACUUUGUGUGAAAUUGUUGAUAACAUAUUUGGUCCAAAGUGCAGCAGCAAAAGUUUAGAUCAUUUAGACCAUCUUAUCCGGCUGUUUUUGACACAAUUUAAGACUCUGUAUCCAGAUCAAAGCAUAAUUCCUAAGAUGCAUUAUCUUAUUCAUUACCCCAGUUGUAUGAGAAGGUUUGGCCCAUUAAGCAGGCAUUGGUGUAUGCGUUUUGAGGCAAAGAAUAAUUAUUUUAAGGAGAUGGCUCAUGUUAUUGGCAACUACAAGAAUAUAGCUAAAACCCUAUCUUUGAGACACCAACGUUUAAGUUGUUACUACUUACAAGGUUCACAAAUUGACCUAGAAUUCGGAAAAGGUAGAAGCUUUUCAGUUGGUUGUUUGGAGGAAAAAAGAUUAAUUUUAGAAACUUUUACUGAUUACAAUGAAGAAACUGCAGUGAUUAUUUAUCCAUGGGUGAAAGUUCGUAGUCAAGUCUACAAACCUGGUUAUGUUCUAAUUAAAGAAAUUAAAGAUGAUGUUCCUCAGCUGUGUGUCAUCAAGUUAAUUAUUGUUUCUCAAGAUAACACAAUUUAUUUUAUUGUUGACAAGCUACACAAUAUUGAAUAUUGCUGGCAUUACCAUGCUUGUUAUACUAUAAAUAAAGAAAGAGAGAUCACACUUAUUUGUAAGCUAUCUGAUUUUUGUGACCAUCAUGCAUAUAACUUUCAUCAAAGUUUUAAUUCAUCAUUGAAUAACUAUUACUUUAUUGUACAAAAGUACUUAAUAUUUUGACUUUAAAAUAAUUUU